GGCCGCUAGCUCGUGUGGAAGGCUUUCGCAAGCUCUGAUCCUGCGAUCUGGGUGACCCGAUGCUAUAUCGCCCAUUUGCCCCCUCUGUUUUCCAAGGACACUCAUGAUCGUACCAUGACAAGCAUACCCCAGUUUGAGUGCAAUUAUGGCGGCAAAUUCUCAUCUGGGGGGCGCGGGCUUGCCUGACGUGAGCCAGGGACCCCAGAUCUUGGCAGCUACAUCGAUCACCACGGCUUUUGCAUUACUCACGGUCCUAGCCCGGAUGUAUGUCCGUGUGUUUUUCAUCCGGAAUGUCGGGCCCGAUGAUUAUAUCAUGGUGCUGACCAUGGCACUUUCACUCGGUGGAUUUGCUGUGAUAAUACCAGAGGUCAUAUAUGGUGCAGGGAGACAUACGGUCUAUGUGGAGGAUACGGCCUCCAUAGCGACGCACCUGAAUUUCGCCACUCAGGGUAUCUAUAUGUGGGCAAUCGGGCUCGUCAAGAUCUCCAUUGGGCUGUUUCUCCUGCGGUUUGCCCCGCGACGGAGCUACAAGAUAUUCAUCUGGGUAGUCAUGGUGGUCAUGCUACUCUAUACCAUAAUAUGCUUUCUUACACUCAUGUUUGAGUGUAAGGAUAUCCGAUCUAUCUGGGAUGAGAAUGUGAAAUCACAGUGUUUCACAUCCUCACAGCUCCUAAAAUUGAGCUACACAAAUACCGGUCUCAAUAUCCUGACAGACCUCAUAUUUGCCAUUCUACCGGCGAUAAUGCUACGACAUUUGCAGGUUAACCGACGUGUCAAGGCCUCGUUAGUCUGCAUAUUGGGACUGGGGAUAUUUGCCUGCGCCGCAGCAAUCGUUAAGCUCUCCGUCCUGCCCAACUAUGGUCGCACCGGCGACCUCCUAUGGGACUACUCCACCCUUACGAUUUGGGUCGUCGUCGAGUCCAACAUGGGCAUUAUAGCAGGCAGCCUACCCACACUUAAGCCCCUCUUCAAGCAAUUCCUGGGCAUAUAUGGAUCCCAAACGAAAACACGGCGCUACACAUACGGCAGUAAGAAGUACCGACUACAAUCGUUAUCCCCAUCCUACCCACAGCCAUCCAUCCGCAGCAGACCACUCAGCGUACUGGACCCGGACGACCUAGAAGAAGGCGAUCCCCGUGCUGCCCAGAGAAACUCCAAGUACGGAACAACAACGACCAAAUACCACUACCGCGAUGGUAGCCACACCAGCGAGGAAUAUAUCCUGACCCGUCAAGAAUCAGCGGGAAUCGUGCUCACGACAGAGGUGGUGGUCACACAUACUACAGCGGAAGAGGUAGUACGAAACAACCGAGGCAAAAGAACACAGUCACCGAAUGAGGAGGUAUAAUAUUACAGUCACUUCUAUCACCUACUUAAAUACCAUACUAUCAAGCCAUAUUUACAUAGA